UAGGUGAAUUAAAACAAAGUCUGAGUUGAAAACCCAUCUUGUUAUCAUGUUAGGGCUCUGUUCAUGUUGCACAGACAUAAUUGUAUUUUGUGUCUGUUAAGAGGCACAAAGGCACUCUAAAACCUGCACCGACAGCUCAGGGGAAGCUCGUACGCGUAGCUGCAGCUACUCCGCGUUGCCUUUCAAACUAAAGUACACGCAUAUCUAUAGCGAUCGAGAUUAACAUAACAAAUUGGCCGGAAUUAUCCUUUAAGUUUAGGAAAAGAUAAUGGUUUGGGUUCAAAUAAACCUCUCUUGGCAGACCACCCUGAAGGCAAGGAAACACAACUGACUUCCUGUUUUAACAUUUGCUGUUUCUGCUGUUUUCAGCUGCUUUCAGAGACAAAAUGGCUUCCACGUCAGAGGAGGAUUUCUGCUGUUCGGUCUGUCGUGAAGUCUUUAGAGAUCCUGUUGUUCUGUCAUGUAGCCACAGCUUCUGUAAAGACUGUCUGAAGAGCUGCUGGAGAGAGAAACAGACACAGGAGUGUCCAGUUUGUAAGAGAAGAUCUUCAAGACCAGAACCACCUCGUAACCUGGAGUUAAAGAAGUUGUGUGAGAGCUUCUUACAGCAGAGAGAUCAGAGAUCUUCAGAGGCUCUCUGCAGUCUGCACUCGGAGAAACUCAAACUCUUCUGUCUGGACCAUCAGCAGCCGGUGUGUGUCGUCUGCAGAGAUUCAGAAAAACACACCAACCACACAUUCAGACCAAUCGAUAAAGCUGCACGACAACACAAGAAGGACCUCCAGGAAACUCUGGAGAACUUAAAGGAGAAGUUAGAGGUUUUUGAACAAGUUAAAGUGAAGUUUGAUCAAACGGCAGAACACCUGAAGGUCCAGGCCCGACACACAGAGAUGCAGAUUAAGGAUCAGUUUAAGAAGCUUCACCAGUUUCUAGAAGAGGAAGAGGAGGCCAGGAUGGCUGCACUGAGGGAGGAAGAGGAGCAGAAGAGUCAGAGGAUGAAGGAGAAGAUGGAGGCUCUGAGCAGAGAGAUAGCAGCUCUUUCAGACACAGUCAGAGCCACAGAGGAGCAGCUGAGAGCUGAAGACGUCUCAUUCCUGAUCUACUACAGGGCUGCAGAGGGAAGAGUGCAGCAGCGCCCCCUGCUGGAUGAUCCACAGCUGCUCUCAGGAGCUCUGAUAGACGAGGCCAACACCUGGGCAACCUGAGCUCCAACAUCUGGAACAAGAUGAAGGACAUGGUCCCCUACAGGCCUCUGGUCCUGGACCCAAACCCUGCUCAUUUAGAACUCACCCAGUCUGAAGAUGUGACCAGUGCGAGAUGGUUAGGAGAGUAUCAGCAGCUUCCUGAUAAUCCCGAGAGGUUCGAUUCUCUCGCCGCCGUCCUGGGCUCGGAGGGCUUCGACUCGGGGACGCACAGCUGGGACGUGGAGGUCGGAGACGGAGCGGUGUGGAUGCUGGGGGUGUUAGCAGAGUCUGUCCAGAGGAAGGGAGUCAUACGGUCUGGGUUAUGGACAGUAUAUUUCGCUAGAGGUAAAUACUCAGAGUGGGCUCCACCGGCGCCAGACACUGGUCUCCCGUUUGAGAAGCAGCUCCAGUAAUGUGUUCCAUCUUUUUAUGUUGAAAUAAAACUGAACUGAAAGGGUAGUAAACGGAUUGCAGCGGU